CCCUCCUUUGCUCGCCCCGAUUAUCAUUGCUCCGUUGGCCUCCGUUGAGAAUAUCAUCGCGCACCACGAAUCCCGAGCGAUCCUUGGCCUCCCUCUUUCCGGUCUUCCCUUCUGUCCGUCAGUCCGUGAUUAAGGCGACUUUUUUUCCAAUAUUGAGUCGUUGCACGAUCGUUCGCCAACUGACGUUCCAAUUAGUCCUCCGAUAUAUGCGCACUUGAUAUCGUAAUAUGCGAACACCUUCCUCUUCCACCCUGAAUUCUAAUUCCGGAGAAAUCGCAUGACGUCUCGAUAUUGCAAAGUGUGCAGUGGAUAUAAAUAAAAUAAAAAAAAACAUGGAAGCUACGGCGCUAUCGGUCACACAAUUAUUACAAUGUAUCAAUCUAUAGAUUGCACUCGAGAUACUUUUGACAUAACGAUCUCGCCUUCUAAUUUUAUCGCUCGAAGUGUACGUUACACAUGUCGUUUUUAAGUGAUAAAAACUGUCCCGAAGGCGUGUAGCCUGUAAGAAGUGAAAGUUUAAGGGAAAAGAGUGAUUUAAGGCUGUUGCGUAAGAUUUGAUACAGUUUGUCGCCGGUUAUUCGACACGAUCGCGAUAGAUUCGCGGAAUACACAGAAGAUUAGAGCGCUCCAGAAUAGAUAUUAAUGGAUGAUAAUUACAGUAGGAUGGAAUGGGUGGAGAUCAUAGAGCCACGCACGAAGGAACAUAUGUACGCCAAUCUGACCACCGGAGAAUGCGUAUGGGAUCCACCACCAGGCGUACCAGUGAAAAAAACGGACAACAAUCAAUGGUGGGAAUUGUUUGAUCAGAAUACCUCGCGGUUUUAUUAUUAUAACGCGACAUCUCAGAAAACUGUCUGGCACCGCCCGACCGACUGUGACAUCAUACCGUUGGCGAAACUUCAGACUUUGAAACAGAAUACGGAGCCUGCAACCUGUAGCACAUCCGAUUCUCAAAAGAUAACGGAACCGAGAAAGAAGGAAUCCGUUUCGACACAAACACAAACUCCUUCAGUCAGUCGGUCGACGCGAUUUAACCAUCAGGAGAGCACGAAUCUGGCUCCGACGCUGCAAGUUCUAUCCCUCGGUAAUUCGAACAAAACGAGGACUUGCACAGUUGGCGCCGAUCUUCAGACUUCCCCACCAUCCCCGUCUCCGUCAUCAAGGCGACAUCAUCAUCAUCAUCAUCAUCACAAUAACAGGCAUCACAGGCACCAUGACGCGCCUGCGGCGUGCACUAGACAACACAAUCAUUCGCAGGAUUCUGGCAGAUCUAGCGACAGUUCCGUCUCGCACAGUAGGACCUCAUUGGAGUCGACCGGUUAUCGCUUGUUGGACUCGCCGCACAGACAUCAUCAUCGCUCGGCCGCCCAAACGUCGGCGGGCACCGCACAAUCCUCUCCCAGGCCGCACGGCAGCGGCACCCUAGAGGCCAGAUGCCACAAAAGCGGAACUUUGGAAAGCGUGAAGAAUCAGAAGUCCGUGUCAAUGGGAGAACCACCGCCAUUGGGUUUGUCGCUCUCGACCAGCACGCCCUUGUUCAAGAAGAAGACGUUCACCGACCCGCAACGCGAAGGUAGGGCGGGAAACUUGGACCUGGACAAGAGUAAAAAUGGUCGUGAAAGUAGUAGAGGCUCGUACGGUCCCGAGCCGAGUACCUCGCCAUAUCGUGAUUCUCUGAUGGAAUCCCGAGUCUUCAGGCAGGAAAUGCCGCCGUAUCGUCCGCCGGAGGUUCAACUUAGCCAUAGUUAUAAAUCGCAGAAUGAAAAGUAUGGUUCCUUAAUGGAGAGUGGCAAUCGUUACCAUAGGGAUAGAGAGCGGGAGCUGCAGCAGCAACAGCAACAGCAGCAGCAGCAGCAGCAGCAGCAGCAUCAUCGAGAGCGCGUCAACAGCCUCGAUAAAAGCAACCCGCCAGCCUUUUAUCCGAGUUCCAUGCAUCCGAGAAAUAUGACUAAGCAGCCGCAAGAUAACACGGGUAGCAUAGGCAGGAGGCAUCACGGAUGCCCGGCGUCACUUUCCGAAGCGAAUGUCAGGGACGUGUACGGUGCGAUGUUGUCCGAGAGGAGCGAUCCCGCGAAGAGCCUCGGCAGGACCGCGGGCGUGCACGGUGGCAACUCGUCGAAGCAGAGAGGAGGUCUCGAGGCAGCGGAGCGCGAGAGAGAGCGAGAUAGGGAGAAGGAGUACAGGCGAAACACAGCGUGCAAUAACUCACUGGACUGUGUACCGCAGCCGCUGGGUCGCAGUUACAGUUUCGUGCAACAGCAGAAGCAGCAGCAAAAAAUGCAGCAACAGCAACAGCAGCAAGCUAGAAGGAGAGAGCGGGACGACGACGCCAUGCACGAGCGUUACUUGAUGAUAAGUCAGACCCACGAACAGUCCAGGCAGAGACUUAGCAGUAACACUAGCAGUAGCAACAGCAGCAACAGUAGCAGCAAUAGUGCCGCGGGCGAAGAAACCGAGGGUCACGCCGAGGGAGACGAUAGCAAGAAGAAGAGAAGCAACGGAAAUCCCAGUCCGCCACCGUCGCCGUUUUACGGCAAUCUUCUGGCUGACGCUGAUCAUCUACUACCGUUGCAACAUUAUAUCCUUCAACAAGCGAAAUUAUCAGGUUGUUAUAAGUUCGGGGACCCCUUGUUAGUGGAAGAAGGAGAAGAUUCUUUGGACGAGGAGGGUGGUAGGGGCGAAGCUAUCGGUGCGAGAGGCGAGGACGAUUCCGAUGAUCAAUUCGCCGACGACGAAGCGGCCAGCAAUCAGGGCGAUUCUUCCAGUCAAGAAUAUCUCGAGGAUCAUUAUGCGGAUCUAGGAAAUUAUGACACUGCGGGCUUAGUGACUUACUACACCACUGCUGACACGCUAACGAGGCCGCAAGCACGACCGCCCUCGCCGCCGAACAUUGUGUCUCAGACGGAAACGAGAGACAGCGUAGUGCCGACGAGGCAAGUCUCCAUGCCCACUGUGAGUUCAACUCCGAGCAUCUGUACGACGAGCGUCAAUAACAGCGACCUGGAAGAGGUGCGGCGAGAUGACAGCACGGGCGGUGGCGACAUCGAGAAGUACGCGCAGGACAAUCUCAAUCUGAACUGCGGCAGACCGAAAGGAUUGAGGUUGUUGUUUCGAAAGAAGUUCAGCGUGCGGGAUAUCCUCAGCUGGUCGAAGGAUCCUAUACCUCAGCCCAUGCUCGCGAUGGUGGACGGCGAGAAACCGCUCAAGAGGGAGGCCUGCAACUUAUUUCGAUUGGUCCAGGUGUACAUGGGCGAUCGUAAGGCCAAUGUCGGCAUGACGUUGGACGGCGUUGCCAUGGACAUCGUGAAUACCGCGUUCACGAAGCCGCCCCUGCGGGACGAGCUGUACGUUCAGAUCUGCCGGCAAACGACGGAGAAUCCGCGGAAGGAGAGCCUGCGACGCGGAUGGGAAUUGAUGGCUGUGUGUCUGGCUUUCGUGCCGCCUAGCGCCACGUUCGAGCCUUACUUGGAAGGCUACAUGAACCGACAUCGCGAUCCGAACUUCCAGUUUCCCGAGGUCGCCAAGUGGCCGAUACACGUGCAAGUUAGCCAUUACGCGACCGUAGCCUGCCGACGAUUGCAGCGGAUCGGCGCGCAUGGCAAACGGCAACCUCGCAAGGCCACGGUGGAGGAUAUCGACCAAGCGAGGAUACAAAUCUUCCGCGCGUCCAUGUUCGGCGCUACGCUCUCGGAAGUUAUGGCUUUACAAAGGGAUCGUUUCCCGCUUAGAGAGUUACCAUGGAUACAAACGACGCUGACGCGCCAAGUGCUGGUACGUGGUGGCACAUUGACCGAGGGUAUCUUCCGGGUGUCGGCGGACGCCGACGAAGUCAGCGCGUUGAAGUCCUGCUUGGACAGGUUCGAGGACGGCGCGAUACUGGCAGCUUCUCAAGACGCACACGCGCCCGCCUCUCUGCUGAAAUUGUGGGUGCGCGAGUUGUACGAGCCGCUAAUACCAGAUUCCUUCUACGUGGAGUGCGUGUCUAUGCGGCACGACGAUCCGGAAGCCUCCGCGGCGAAUGUCGCCGCGAUCGUUGAACGUUUGCCGGAUCUUAAUCGUCGCGUGCUAUGUCAUCUAAUACGCUUCCUACAGAUAUUUGCUAGACCCGAGGUGGUCGUCCGCACCAAAAUGGACGCCAACAAUCUUGCGAUGGUGAUGGCGCCGAAUGUGUUACGCUGCAUGUCACAAGAUCCUCGGGUGAUCCUAGAGAACGCACGGAAGGAGAUGGCCUUCGUCCGUACUCUCAUCGAGACGUUAGACACCGCUUGGAUCGAUGAUCUUCACUGACCGCAUCCUAUUGCGCUAGAAAAAAGUCCGCUCUAGACUAUUAUGCCAAAUGAAUCAGCUGUAUAGUCAUGUCUAUUGUUAGUUAUCUCUUCUCUCUCACUGUUCUCAAUUUAUCUUCACUUUUCUUGUUUGUCUAUCGUUCACCGGUUCUCCCCCCAAUAGUCUCCUAUAAAUGUUCUUCGUAAAAGGUAAUUUAGUGCUAAAGUCUUACCAAGCUAAUCGAUCAACCCGUUUCCCUUUAUUUCCUAUUUAUUAUUUAUAAAGAAUUCUACGUUAUAUGACAGAUUAGAGAUUAUUAGAUUAUAUUAUGUAUAUCGCUAUAUAUCAUAUUAUAUAUUUUACCAAUCCCUUGUUACCGCGUCGAACAAACGUGGACGGCUUUUUUACUCGAUCAUUGUUGAAUCUCGUGUAAGAUAAAAGAAAAUCAUGUGUUACCGUGUAUAGCUACGCUCCGCGAUGAUCUUUUUGUAUAAGCGACGGAUUAACGUGUAAAGCGUUUUAUCGAGGAGUAAACACUGCGAAAGAUUAGCAAGCUGUA